UGAAACUCACAUUUUUGCCGAAGACCAUAUAUCUCCAGGACUUUUCCUUACAAAGUUACAUCAUAUUUUAGCUUAUUUUUUUGAUAACUUCAAGAACGUAUAGGUUAAAAAGGGGCAAGUGGAAUCAUGAUGUCAAUAUUUUUCCUUGCAGUUAAAAUUGAAGUACUAUAAACUUCUUUAGGUUCCAUUUGUCCCAAUUCACUCAUUUUAGAGUACGGCGAGCAUAUGUUACAGUAGGUUUUCAUAUAUUAAAUAUACUAACUUUUUUGUGUUAAGAGAUAGAGGAAUGGUUUAUUCGGCAAAUUUUUAGAACAUACAAAAAUAUGAAACUUUGUUGAACAAACAAAAUUUCUAUCUUCAUUGGGAACAGAGUUACAGAGUAUUUCAUGUAAAAGUUACUUAAAAGUUAGUUUUUUGUAUUUAACUUUUGUUAGUUACAUUUUACAAGAAAACGUUGUUCUAAAGAAGCAUUUGGGCAUACAAAACACACGUUUUUGUUGAAGGUCACACAUCUCCAGGACUUAUCCUUACAAAGAUAUAGUACAUUUCAGCAUAUUUUUUUGAUAACUUUAAGAACGUAUAAAGGAAAAAGGGGCAAGUGGAAUCAUGGAAUCAGUGGAAUCAGUUACCGAUGGACCGCCGAUACCGAAGAAUAAUAAUAAUAUUACGCUUCCAACACCUGCUGAAGGAUGCGGAUCCAGAGAAGUUGAACACCGUCGAAUUGAUGGUAUCGCGCCUGCUGCAUUAAAUAGCUGGCCUUGGAUGGCUCUUAUUGGGUAUAAAAACACAUUCGGAGAGGUGUCUUUUGAAUGUGGAGGAUCGGUUAUUUCUAGACGACAUGUAUUGACUGCCGCACAUUGCAUUCAUAAAGAUCUUUCUUUAGCUCGAAUUGGCGAGCAUGACACAUCAACGGAUGCAGAAACGAACCAUAUUGAUAUUCCGGUAGUGAAGGACAUGUAUCGGUGUAACACGAAAUCCCACAACUGUAUCCUGUUUAUGACGAUUUUGGCGUUUUAUCAAUAAUUUGAGCUGUAUUUUGAACCAUACGUAUAUCUGUGAUUUUUAUAUACAUACUGAUUGUGGGUUGUAUAUUACUAAGUAAGUACGUAAACACUUUUCUCAAUUUAAAAAGCUUUGAAUGCAUGAAAAUUCGCCUUUUUUUAGAUUAGGUAGAUAAUUUUGAAUAGGUGCCGGCGGGAAACAAAUAAUCACGCAGUCAAACAACGAAAACAGUAUUCGCUUUUGAAAACAAUAAGUUCAUUGGAUAUAUGCACUCCGCACUCCGGGGGCUCGGACCGGAGGGGCGUGGAGGAGUUUUGGUGUCCCUAGUCAUUAUCAUUUUUUCAGAGACUUAAAUAAGUUUUCUCGUAAACAUAACGUUGGAGCAACGAACCCGGCGAGCGAUUUCUAUACGACACUCUCACGUAAAUUGACGCGUUUUGGUAAUGAGUAGGGGCACCCGAAUUCAUGGGAAUGGUUGAGUAGCUGUAGUAUUUCUUUUUUUCCCGGUUUGAGUUUUGAAGUCGUUUUUUUUUUGCUCAUUUUGUCGAUCAGUG